AAAAAGGCAUGGCAUACAAUUAAAACCAUGGUGAAUUUACCAGUCAUCAGCCCCUUCAAGAAACGCUACUCGUGGGUGCAGUUGGCUGGUCAUACAGGCAGUUUCAAGGCAGCUGAUAGUGGGAAGAUUCUCAAACGCUUCUCAGAGAAUGAAAAGGAGUGUUUUGAGCGAUUGAUGAAAGACCCGCUACGCUCCUGUGUCCCUUGCUUCCAUGGUGUGGUGGAGAGAGAUGGCGAGAGCUACAUUCAGCUGGAUGACUUGCUUACUGAUUUUGAAGGGCCUUGUGUGAUGGACUGCAAGAUGGGGAUCAGGACAUACCUGGAGGAAGAGUUGACUAAGGCCCGUGAGAAACCAAAGCUGCGUAAGGACAUGUACAAGAAGAUGAUUGAAGUGGAUCCUCUUGCUCCCACGGCUGAAGAGAAUGCCCAGCAUGCUGUCACCAAACCCCGGUACAUGCAGUGGAGGGAAACCGUUAGCUCUAGUGCCAACCUGGGCUUCAGGAUUGAAGGGAUUAAGAAAGCGGAUGGAACGUGUAACACAAACUUCAAAACUACAAAGACACAGGAGCAAGUUCUACAGGUUUUUGUGGAAUUCAUUGAGGGCAACACAACUAUUCUGAAAAAAUACCUCAAGCGUCUGCAGGAAAUUCAUAUCAUUCUUGAAUCCUCAGACUUCUUCAAGCGACACGAGGUCGUUGGAAGUUCACUACUUUUUGUACACGAUGGCAGUGGGAAUGCCAAUGUAUGGCUGAUCGAUUUUGGGAAGACCACCCUUCUCCCUGAUGGGCAGACACUGGAUCACAGGAUCCCCUGGCAGGAAGGCAACAGGGAGGAUGGGUACUUACUGGGAUUGGACAAUUUGAUUGGCAUCUUGGAAAGCAUCACUGAAAGAUGA